AGUCUUUCUAUUGUUCGGUCUUGGAGCUGUGUACUUUGAUAACAAUGGGUACAGGUUCCGUGCUGGUAUCAGGUGGUAUCAGAGUCGGGUUCAACACAGUAGCGGGAUCGAAAGUGAGAGGACUUGUUGCUUGUCGAACGAGGUCCAAAUAUCCGAUUGCAGAAUGCAGAGAAGAGGAAGAAUCGUUGUCUAAAGAAGAAACCCCAAUCGAAGAACAAGUCAUGGGAGAGCAGAGUCAGGAUCUUGCAGAAGCCAUGAAGUUGCUUGUCGCGCUGAGGCGCAGAUGGGCGCUUUGCUUUAGGCCCAGCAGGACGCUACCAAAGUUCAGCUGGUUGAGACGAAUCAGCGACUAGAUACCCUAAUCACCAGGUUGGGAAUGCAACCAAUGGGUAAUCUACCUCCACCAGAGAACCCAUCAAAGGUCGUAGCUCAUACUGGAUCCGCGAACCAAGAGGGUCCCCAAGCAGAUCGAGUGUACUAGGCUUUUCCUAAGACCCCAGAUUGGUAGAGGCAGAGGCGCCAAUACCCGGAGCAACGUCGUCAGGUAAUCCCACAGUACAGACCUCCAUUUAAUGAGUAUGAGAAUGAUUAUAAUGAAUGUGGAGGAAGACCACCAGAAGCAGGGGGUUAUGGCGUUGAACCGAUUCGAGGGAUUAAGAUCUUAAUCCCAUCGUUUCAAGGCACUAUUAGUGCAUCAGCUUACCUUGACUAGGAGAGGAAGAUGUUUAUGUUUUUCCAGUGUAAUCCUUACAUAGAGCAUCAUAAGUUUAUUGUAGCCACCUAUGAGUUUACAAAUUAUGCAGCAGUGUGGUGGGAAAAGAUUCAACAUCGAGAGAUCAUUCAUGAUGGAAGGCACAACAGCUACAGAUUCAAGAAAGGCAAUCGAAAGUUUCUACUCAAUCCAUUGUCGCCAGCUGAAGUCCGGGAAGAUCAACAAAAGUUGGCCAUGAACUGGGCCAAGGAGAAAGGAAGUGUGAUUGGCUCGAAGUCGGAGGACAAAAGUGGAGCACAUCUGAUGGUUCGAAAGAACAUGUUGAUUGCAUCGAGGAAAAGUCCAGUUGGGAAUGCUGUUAAUGUUGUCUUUUACAGGAAAAUACAAGCUUUAAGAGAAAAACUUCUCAAACGGGGAGGGCCUAAUGCAGGCCAAGUUGCCCUGGGAUCCAGGCACAAUUCUAGAGGAGGAGGAGAGCAAGUGGCGGGGACAGCAGCUGCAGGGGACUGGGUUUUGACUGAAGGAAUUUCCCCGACCAGGGAAAUUAGGAGGAGAUCGGGGAAGCAAUUCAGGGAAAAAGUCCGGCCUGAGACCCAAAUUACCCGACCGGAGAAAUCAGGGGGGAGGGCGGGUAUUCCGUUAAGGGAAUUUCCCCGGCCUGAGACCCAAAAUACCCGACCGGGUUUCGGGUCUGACCGACGAGAUUUUUGUGUUUUAAGUUGUUUUGUUAUUUUAAUUUUCCAGACCUAUAUAAUGGAUGAGACUCGGGUUUUAGGGUUAGUUUUUAGCAUAAUAUUGAUUUUUACCUUGGUUUUGAGCUUGAGGCUUGAACUUUUCUCUGUAUCAAUAAAGUGUUCCCCUUUGUUGUGGUCGAGAUUCUAUCUUUUUUGUAUUGAUUGAGCCUUCUCCCGAUUUUUGUUGAGAUUGCACUUUCAAUUCCAUCCUAUCCUGAACAAACGAAACCCCCUAAACAAUCUUUCUAUUGUUCGUUCUUUGAGAUGCGUACUUUGAUAACUACGGGUACAGGUUCCAUGCUCGUAUCAAUUGGGCUUAGAUUUAGGCUUGGGUUGAGAUGGUAUGUAGGUGGGUAGUAGGGUAUUAGUGAAUGGGCUUGGAUUAGUUGGCCAAGUGGUCAACGAAAGAGUGGUAGGUUUCGGCUAGGACUAGGAUAAUUAUUAAGGUUUUCUAGUCUAUAAAGAUGUAAGUUCGAC